AUGGACGAGCAUCCGCAGCAGCCACCUCCGCCGACGUUGUCGAAUCCCCGCUUCACUCUCGAACUCGAAUUCGUCCUGUCCCUCGCAAACCCCUACUACCUGUCGUAUCUGGCGAUGAACUUCCCCAAUCUACUCGGCACCUCUGCCACCGACAAUGAGAACAACGAAGACGGCCAAGGAACCGUAUCGCCCUCUCGCGACGCGCAGGCGUUUGCGGCCUACCUCAGAUAUCUCUAUUCCUACUGGAAGACGCCGGAAUACGCGCAGUUCCUGACGCAUCCCGGUGCUACCUUGCGCGCGCUACGACUGCUGCAGGAGGAGACGUUUCGCCGGGACAUUAUUCGGCCUCAGGUCAUCGAGCGCUUGCUGGGUGUGGGAGAUGCAGAGGCUGCAGGAGCAACUGCGGCAGAGACACAGCGUGGAGAAAGCAGCUAA